UUUGUAGGUAGCUCAUGACCUCAGAUUAUUUGUGCCAUGGAGUCUAUACUUGAUGAAAUUGAUUCUAUGAUUGGUGAGCUAGAUGACAUAGAUUUCAAACCCAAUCGCAAAAAGGAGAUAAUAAAAAAGAAAGACCCUGAUGUUCUGGAUAUCAAAGAUGAAACCACAAAUGGAGGACAGAAUUUUUCCGACCUGAUAAAUGAACUUGCAGCAUUCAACCCUGCACCUGCUGCAACCAAAACUCUUAAAAAAGGAGUGUCUACGACUCCAUGACAACGCAUCAACUGAUACGGGGAGGAUCGCUCAGAUCACGCAGCGAAGAAAAAGACAACACAGUGUCACCCCGCAAAAUCUCAGUAGAUAACACUUCAUCACGUGAUAAAAACCACGUGACAUCCCCUCCAUCACGUGAUGGGAGUGUGUCGAGGAAGAGGACUUUGUCCAGACAGAAUACGUUGGAAAGCUUUACUCUCCUGCCUUCUCCCUCGGAAAAUAUAAAAGUGUACAUGUCAGACGGGAACAUGAUAAAGACAGUGCGAGUAGAACGAACCCAAACAGCCUGGGACCUCUGUCUCUCCCUGGUUAUGAAAAGCGACUUGCCUAUCUGCGGCAAUUGGACUUUAGUGGAACAGAUCGUCAAUAAUUGCUGCGACAAGACAAAACAAAGACAAAAUAAACCAACGAAGAAAGAUAAGCGAAACGAGGUUAUGGAGAGAACGUUAGAAGAUCACGAGAUAGUUAUUAAAGUGUACAAAAGCUGGGGAUCCAACAGUCAGAACAAACUGAGUCUCACUAACAACAAAAGAAAGUGGCAAUUCCUGGAAACACCGGAGAUGUUUUUCUCCUCGAAUGUUUUGGACCGUGUUCGUGGCCGCACCAGAGAUGAGAUUGAAGAAGUGCUGACUGAGGAGUACUUCAGUGAGAAAGCUCCUCCAGUGGAAGGGUACCUUUACUUCAAGGAUCAGAAGCACAACUGGAGUAGAAAGUAUUUCAUCCUCCGUUCCUCGGGUCUUUAUUACUCCACCAAGGGGAAAAGUCGAGCACCUCAAGACCUAGCUUGUUUCACUACACUACAAGAUAUGGGUAUAUACUUCUGUGUGAACGCCAAGGUGGACCACAAGUCACCGACUGAACACGCUAUCUCUUUCAAGCCAGGAACAGGAAACACAAGUAUGAAGGACAUGAAGUGUGUUGGGGCUGAGUCGGAGGAUGACAUGAUGAGGUGGUACCAUGCCCUCAGGGUGGUCAAGUACGGGGACAAAAUACCCGAGAAUAGGGCCUCCGUCUUACUUGAGGUUACUCAGGAGAUUGAGCGAGUCCACGAGCAGAAGAAGAAAGCUCGUGACGAUGCCUUGAAGAGAGAACAAGAAGAGAAAAGAGCGAAGGAAGAAGAGAUAAGAGCGAAGGAAGAAGAGAUAAGAGCGAAAGAAGAGGAGGAGCAGCUGGCACUAGAAUUAGAAAAGACAAUCAAGGAUGAAGAGGAAAGGAAGGUUCAGAGACUUGAAGUAAUGUCCCCUAAACCGGAUAUAUUAAAGAAGCCCUCUCCCCCUCCACCAAGCCCUAAACCCACCCGAUCAGCUCUACAAAAACCAGCUCCUUCACCCAAACCUGUUCCCUCACCUAAACCCGAUCUCAGGAAGAAGAUGCAUCUGCCGGUCCCUCCUGCUAAACCCAGCAUGAGUUCCCCUAGCUCCUCUCGUGGAUCUCACCCACCUACUCCACAGCCGAUCCGACCUACUCCAGCGCCUCCUCCACCUACUCGAGCUCCCCCUGUUUACUCUCUAGAUCCUGAACCUUCCUCCUCCAAAGAGUUCACUCCCAACAAAUCAGGAUUUGCAGAUGCUCGAAAUCAGCUGGCUCGUUCUCUAAACGGUACUAUCAAGAGAGGGAGUGUUAAACAGACUCCUCCUCCUUCAGCUCCUAAACCUAUAACAUCACCUCCUCCAGGUGCACUUCCCAUAAAAGCUGUUCCAGCUCAGCUACAACGCCAACCACCACCCAUCAGCCGUCUCCCGGAUCCUAUAGAUGAUCUGCCCUUGCCUCCUCCCCCUCCUGACCUGUUACCCGCACCCCCGACCAGCCCUCCCGUUGCUGCUGUGAAGACAGAUAAACCUGACAUUAACAUCACACCAAGCAGAUCUAAGAUAUCUGAGAUGGUGAAGAACCUUAACAUUCCUCAGAAAGCACCUGAUAAGGUAGUUGUAGACAAAGCUCCUGUACCUGAGACCAGCAGUAGGAAUAUCAACGAACUAUCCUCAAUCCUGAACAGAACGCUGAAAAAGUCUCAAACUACCUCCGGUUUGACAAACCAACCCCCUGUUCCCCAGAAGUCUUUCAAUAGCACCAGCAUGUCCAACAUGCCGAGAUCUCUGACCUGUCCUCAAAUGGAAAGGGUGCCUCCCCCCAGUCAACCCAAACCAGCAACACAAAAACCCAUUCCAUCCUCCACGGUCCAGGACCGAGCUGCUGAGCUGGCGAAGGUCUUAACGGGUAAACAGAAGCAGGCUCCGGUCCUACCGGCACAGUCUCCGUACGCUAACCAACCUCCAGUACCCCCUCCAAAACAGUUCAGCGGUGUAGCUCCUCCUGCUCCGCGUCCCUUCCUACAGAACAACAUUCCUCCUCAAGCAUUCCAGCAGAGCUCCAUGUCUCCUCAAUCUCGACACCCGCAAUCUGCUCCCCGAGCAAACCCACCUUCUGCCCCCCGAGCAAACCCUCCUCAAGUUCCGCAAUCAAACCUACCCCCUCAACCACCUGUUCCGGUGAAACCUCCAGGCGGUCCUAUGCGAGCUCCUCCUCCUGCUGUCCCUCCCGUUGCUAACUACACCACACCCGCCCUUCCUUCUCGAAAAGACUCCCUGAUGGCCUCCAGGAACCGAACCACCUCCGGGUCAAGCGGUGGAUCCCACGGCAGCUCCGCCAGAGCAGGAAGUGUAGCAAGUCAUGCUAGUAGUCAGGAACCUCCCAGUUUAGUCAGACCACCUCCCCGCACCAUCUCCAGGGACAAUCUCCGGGCUGGCUCUAGAAACGGACACCGAGGUUCAAGAGAGAACCUGGCAAUGAACACAGCGACCACUGUAAACAACUCUAGUGAACAUGGGAUACCGGAGAUGUUCCAGCGAGGUGGGUUCCCCGGUGGGCAGCCUAACCCUCUCCUCAGGGACAACUCUCCUCAUCGCCAGGAUCCAGCUCCUAAACACCCACUUCAUUUCCCGCCCCAGAGGUUUAACCCACCACAAGCUGCGACCCGGGGUAGAGAUUCUCCUGCUAGAGGAGGGUGGCAUGAUAGUUUAAUGAGAGACAGCUCACCUGUCCACCAAGAAGCGCCUAGAGAAAUACCUCUGCCGGUCAGUAUAAACGACAUCAGACAAGUAGGACAGCCGGGGGUACACCCCCGCCAGUUUGGGGGCACACCCCCUCCUCUUAUUGGGAACCUGAAUACUCGCUCUGGCACCUGCAAUCCGGGCAGCUCAGGCAGUGGCGCUAGCGAAGAGGUAAUGUACGAGUACAUUGAGGACGUACCAAGUAAAACAGAGCACCUCCAGCACUGGUUAGCAAACCAGUACGACGACGAUACCAUCUCCGUCACCAGCGACAACAUGAUGGCAACGCCCCUCACGCCGCCGCCUCGCAGUAACUCCCGCCGUCAAAUCGCCGCCCCGCAUACCCAGAAGCCAUGGUUCCACGGCUGCAUCCCCCGGGAAGCUGCUAACGCUCUGCUCGCUUCACACGGACUAACGGACGGCCUCUUCUUAGUCCGGUCCAGUGCUACCAGUAACGGCGACUUUGUGCUGAGCAUGACGUUUGGAGGUCAGGUGAAACACUUUCAGAUCACCCAGCGAGGGGGGAGCCCUCCUUGGUUUGCUAUCGAGGAUGGGCCCUGUUUCCCUGACAUUAACAAACUAGUGGACCAUUACUCCGUGUCGGCAGAUAGACUGCCAGCUAAAUUGUCUUGUUACUGUUUAAAGGGUUGAGAUGACACGUGACCAUCACCAAGUGUUUCUCGUGAUGAAGGAGAGGGUUGUAGAGGUUAAUGAAAAAUCCAACGACUUAAUUGAUUUUGAUAAUGGGAGAACUGACGUGCUUCAACUUUCUUUAAUAGAUGAAAAUUGGAUUGAACUUAAGAUUUGAAAGGUAUUACAAUUUUGUAUCGAGUUUGAAUACCGCAUCGGUGUUAGUUUGCAGUCUAAUCUUUAUUCGAUAUUUUAUGAUAUUUUGUUUUAAUUCUGAAAUUUGAAUGGCAUUAACAAUACUUACAUAUUAAAAGUUAAACGAUUUGAUCGGUUACGUAUUUAUUACAUGUAAAAUUAAAUAGAAUACUGUUACCCAACAAUUAUAUUCUAGCAAUUUUAUUGUAAACCUCUAAUUUUGAUACUACGCUUAUAUUCUUUGAACCCUUCUCCAUAUAUGUUGUAAAUGUUAUAAGGGGUCGUUCACAUAUUACGUAAUCACUUUUUGAACAAUUUUUAACCCCCCCCCCCCCCCCCCCUCCGUAAUCAGUUUUACACAUAGCUAUUGUAUCAAAAUUACACUAGUGUUAUCAUUUGGAAACCUCCCCCCUCCCCCACGGUUGAUUAUGCAAUAUGUGAACAACCCCUAAGUAAAUUUCCUGGUAACUUAAAGUUAAAUAUCAUCGAAUGAGAAGUACUUAUUCGACACAUGCGUAACGUUUCCAAUUUGAAUUUAGAUAAACUAUUUUGUGUUAAGGAUAUCUUAAUUGUUGUUUUAAUAAGUC